CGCAAUUAAUCCUUAUGAUAUCAAAAAAUGUCAAUUGAAAAUCAAACAAAUGGGUCAGACAAUGGUGAUGUUGCUAAGUGCAUUACUCUAUUCCUGAAAUGAAAGCCAUUUAAAGCCAGAACACUUUGAUUCCUUUUCAUCGAGCUCUUCGACAGGUUCUUUCAGGGCGGAGUCUUCAAUCACACCAUUCUUCGUUUAAUGCUUGCAUUAAGACUGCGCCAUCGGAUUUCACUUUUGUCGUCUUCCACCGUUUGUCCUGGACUUUAGAAAUUGACUGAUUUCGACUUUGAUUGAUGUUUACUCCCAUCUCUGUAUUUGUCUUUUGUCUUCUGUUUGUGAUGAACAAAAACCCUUGAAUCUUGAAUCUUGAAUCCACAGAGAGAUCGUUGUCACAGCAGUCAUGAAUUUUAUAAAGUGGAUGCUGAACAGCCCUCGACGAUUCUGUGGGAUUAUCUUACUUCUCUUCACUUUUUUUUCUUACUUCAUAUUUAUAAAAUUUCCACCGUAUUUUCAGCACCUCUUUCGCCAACAAACACACGCCGGCAGCCCCCAAGGAUUCAUUUUGUCAGUUUAUUUUCAUGAAAGCAGUAAAGCAGCAGGGAACAUCACUGGAGGUGCGAUUCGGAUUAUGGCUGUCGUGAGCACAGACACACACAAGGACUACCACUGCCAUGUUGAGUGUGACGGCCAUGUGGUCUCCACAGAAGCACAUCCUGAAGUCCACUCCACGGUUUAUGACUUUCGUUACAGGCUGGUGGACCUCCUGUGCCCAAACCCAUGUGGAUCGGCCGGUGCUUUGACUAAAGUGACUGUGAAUACACACGAUGACCAGGGGCUCUCAAUGUCUGCCAUUCAAGCCCCUACUGCCCAUGAGGGGGAGCGUCAGCGUGACUUCACUGCCUGCAUUUCAGUCUUUAGCAAUUACAGCAGAGCACAUCUCGUCCAGCUUGUCCAUAUGUAUCAACUGCUGGGGGCUCAAAAAGUCUUCAUUUACACAAACAGUGCCACCACAAAGGCACAGGAGGUGCUGGCUCAGUUCACUAUGGAGGGCUGUGUGGAAGUCAUCGACUGGAGAGUUAGUCAUUUUUUCAGUGAAUCCAACUGGGAGGAUUUCCUAAACGAUAUUCAGGUUGCUGCUUGGAGAGACUGCAUUUAUAGAAACUCGGGCACCAGCCAGAAGCUGGCACUGUCCACCUCAGGGCAAACCAACCUUUACAAUACAAGCAACACCUGGGCAGGACUUCUGCAGUUCUUUGUGAAGGAGAACUUCACUGUCGGCUACCUGGAGGUGCAGGACUGUCACAAAUCCAUACUCUCCUCUUCAGAUGUUGGAGAAGAACAAGAAAAUACAGAAAGACGACAAGCAAAGUGUGGUCGCCCAUCCAGCAGGAAUGCACUAGGAGUGAACACCACCUUCUUUUACAUCUCUCUGGCCAAGGAUUCUAAUGUUGGUGAAUGGCCUUCUUUCGUGACACAGUGCUUUGUGAAGGAGCCUCCUCAAGGGCAAGUGGCUGCUGUUAGGAUGAGAAUUCAAGAGAAAGAGAAUGCCCCUCCAUUGGUCACUCCUGUGAAUGGCACCCAAGCUUUUGUCAUUUCUGCAUUUUAUGAUGACCGACAGCAGCAGGAUGUCAUUCGAAUCCUUGGAAUUGUUAAGCGAGAUCAGUAUGAAAAGAUGAAAACAACAUUGUAUUGCCACGUCCAGUGUGAAAGCGCCCUUCACGUUGGGCCUGCCGAGGUGGACAUUCAUAGUGAGCACUUUGAUUUUCCAUACGGAGCCACAACAUUCCUCUGCAAAAACCCAUGUGGGUCAACGGCAAUGUCCAGUGUGACUGUGAGUACAAGCAUGGAUAGCAGACCACCAGGAGUCGCUUUGAAAAUUCAGAACACUAAAGAAUCUCGACCUGCCAAGCUCCAGCGGGACUUCACUGUGUGCCUUUCCACGAUGUUCAACUUCAGCAACGUCCUGCAGCUCAUUCAAUCUCUAGAGAUGUACCGACUGCUGGGGGCCGGCAAGGUGGUCAUCUACAAAACGAACUGCUCUGACCAGGUUCAGGAGGUGCUGGACUACUAUACCAAAGAAGGGUUUGUGCAAGUGCUUAAGUGGACGAUAAAUUUGUACCUUAACCCAUCUGCAGGCUGGCGAUUUCCCAACCACUUAGGAGAUUUGCACUAUCACGGCCAGAUCGCCGUACUGAAUGACUGCCUGUACAGGAACAUGUACUCCAGCAGAUACUUGGUUUUUAUUGACCAGGAUGAGGUCAUUCUACCCUAUAAACACGAGAACUGGAGAGACCUGAUGGACUACCUAACGAAGGCAACUGGAGCCAACAUCUUCUGGUUCACCAACACUGUCUUUCCAGCUGAUUCUCACGCUAAGGACUCCUCAACCCUACAAUGGAAUGACAUUAGUGGAAUAAACAUUUUAGAGCAUGUAAAAAGAGAGACAAAAGUUAGGCGCACAGAGGCAAAAAAAAUGAUUAUAGAUCCCAGAAUUGCCUACAAAAUAUCAGUACACUAUCCACUGGAGAAUUUUGGAGUAAGACAUGAGGUGAAUGAACAGGUUGCCCUAUUGUACCACUGUAAAGAGUACGCGGAAAUUACAGAACAAGCAUAUGACCCAAGGAUCUCACAUUAUGAAGAUCCACUGAGUGUAAAUGUGAACAAAGUGCUGAGCAAAACUGUAAGAAGGUAAAUAGAAUGUCAUAGCUGAUGUUGGUCAAACUGAUAGUCUUUACUUUAUGACGCACCUUCUCUAAAGUGAACAAUACCUCAAUGGAUUUUAGAAACAUAGAUUGUAUGCAUGUUAGUCCAAUGCUGCGUUUUCUUUUAAUUAUCAUUCAAGUAUCAAGUACAACAUUAGAUCAAGGAAAGCUUAUGAUUUUAUGGUAGAUUAAUGUGAACAAAAAUAUGAUCUUCCACCUAUCGACUAUGCCCCCACUGUAAACCCAACUUGGCUCAGACCUGUGAGGACAAAGCAAAAGGAAUGAGAUUACUUGAGAUACCGAGAGACACGAAAGCACCUGAGAAUUAAUUCUGGGUUUAGUCACCCAACUGUGUGCUUUUUACUUUCUCGUAUAUUUGGAGUAUAGGGAAAGGAUUGUAAUUGUCCAAAAAUUCGAUUUCGAGAUUUUGAUAAAUCUUUACAUUUUAGACCUCCCUGAGUCCGAAAAUACAAUUUUUGGAAUUAUGUCUGUGUG